CACACGGACAGAGACUCCAUAGAAGAAGCAAUUCACUCGAGAAAUUCAGCACGUCUUUGAGAACGAUGAACCGCCGUUACAUAACCAGUGAUGUUUCAGUUUCAGAGAGUCAAAAUCACGGUACAUUAAAUGUUCGCUGUCACAUAUACCGUCUUCUUCAAGUUCGGAUUCCGAUGGAUGAUCAAUACUGGGAGAGUCUUGUGCCGGAAGCAACCAGAGAGGAGACUAUAUCAAUGGAAAUACCCACAUUCGAUUUGUUCAUGGGUUCUUUCGAACACCUACCAUGUCUGGUUUGCAACUCUUCUCUUCUUUCUGAGCGACGAAUUCCAGAGGCUUUCCAUUCAGCAAUCUCACGGGAAUACUACUCGAUUGCUGCACUCAUGGCUAGACGCGAGUUGCUAUUACUCAACGAUGAAGAAAGGAAUUCAAGACCGUUGAUCCCUUUGCGACUAGUGAACACGGACACUCGAGUGGUUUCUUACGAGGAAUACGAAGAGAUAAUCAGGAGGACAGUAGAAGAAUCGAUGGUUUUUGAUGAGAUGUACACGCCGGCUACUGGGUCUCCGAUUGAAGCACUGGAGAAGGUGGAGUUUUGCGGUGCAGAGGAGGAGAAGUGCAGCAUAUGUCUGGAGGAAUUUGAGGGUGGAGUUGAACUGAGACGUCUGCCCUGCUCCCAUGUUUUUCAUGGAGACUGUAUAGGUCAAUGGCUGGAGAGGAGUCAGACCUGCCCACUGUGUCGCUUUGCCCUUCCAUGCCAUCAAGAUUGAGUCUUGAAUUUGUAGUCUCUUUCUUCUUCUUUGGCACUGUCAGAGAUUUUGUUAGCAGAGAUUGAUUACGUUUAAAUUCAACUUCUUUGUAAAAUCAGAUGA